GAAGUUCCGGGGAGCAUUUAAAGGUAGCACCAACGGCUACAGGCAGCAGGCAGCAAAGAUGGAGGAGUACCCAACAAAACAAGGCACUGAAAACCUGGAUGACCCUCCCAACAGCCGGCUGUUCGUCGUCACCAGUCGGUCCAUAACGGAAGAUGAACUUAGGGACAGUUUCUCCGUCUUUGGGGACAUCCAGGGGGUUUGGGUGGUUAAAGAUAAGCAGACAAAGGAGUCUAAAGGUAUCUGCUAUGUGAAGUUCUCCAAGUCCUCGCAGGCCUGCCUGGCCAUGGAGGAAAUGCACGGCAAAGUGCUGAUGGACGGCACUAAACCUAUCAAGGUGUUUAUCGCCCAGUCACGGUCAUCAACGAGACACAGAGACGUAGAAGAUGAAGAGCUGACCAGGAUCUUCGUCAUGAUCCCCAAAACGUUCUCAGAGGAGGAUCUCAAAAACACAUUCAAAGAAUAUGGAGAUAUUGAAUAUUGUGUGAUCAUCAAGAAUAAGUUCACAGGAGAAAGUAAAGGUCUGGGCUACGUGAGAUACUACAAACCCUCCCAAGCCGCCGUCGCCAUAGAGAACUGUGACAAAACUUACAGGGCCAUCCUGGCUGAACCUCGCACCAAGGCUUCAACAACAGAAGAGUACACCGGGGGAACAGCCAGAGGUGAUUACAUGAGCGGUGCUGACUCCAUGAACCAGUAUGCCUUCCCAAUGGCUGAUCCUGGUAACUAUCCUGUCAUGGACUAUCGCUCCGGUGACUUCACGCGCUGCCUGAUGAUGUCAACACGGGCUGCGCUUACCCAAGAGCAAAUCUUUGCUCUGUUUGACAUCAUUCCUGGCAUGGAGUACUGUGAGCUGCAGAGAGACGCUUACGGGAUGAGCAAAGGUCAUGCUUUGAUUCGCUACAGUAACCUCGGAUCCGCUGUUUACGCCAAGGAAAAGCUAAAUGGGUUUGAAUACCCACCAGGCAACAGACUGGCAGUCAAUUUUGUGGAUGAUGGAGAGGAUCGCAGCAGUCCUGUAGGUCGAAUGGCCAUGCAGUUUGUAGCAGCCCAGAUGAUGUCAGCAGUGUGGAACGGACCUUCCACCAGCCAAGUAAUGAAACCUCCGGGUUACCCGACUGUCUCCUCAAUUUCUCGGAUUCAGACAGACGUCAACCUGCCUCCUCUGAAGAAGCUCGCGCCACCCGACAGCAAGGCAAAGGAGCGCUUGUUCGUCGUGUUCAGCCCCUCCCCGCUGCCUAUGGAUGUGCUAGAGGAUGUGUUCUGUCGCUUUGGUUCCCUUAUUGAAGUCCAUCUGGUUCCAGGGAGGAAGGUCGGAUACAUGAAGUACGCAGACAAACAGUGCGCAGACGAGGCCAUGGCGGCGCUCCACGGUCGGAUCGUCAACGGGGUAAAGAUGAAGGUGAUGCUGGCCGAUCCUCCCAGAGAGGAAUCUCACAAACGUCCCCGUACCUACUAGGAGCGUGUGACGGAGAUGACUGCCAGGAAAGUCUCCAGGGUGAUCCGAGUCACGUUGAUACCCAGAGCUGCACGCUAGGAGAGAGCCAGAGAGAAGUCAGGACAUGUCGAGACAAGAGAGCUCCCAGGGUAAAAUCAGUCAGAGUACUUAGAGAGUGGUUGACGUCAGACCGCGUCUGGCAGCCAUGUUGGAGGCUCCUCAUCUUUUGGGUGACAAAAUCUGACAUCUGGUUACAUUUCGUAACAUCUAACCUGUCCCUAUCAGAUUAGAUUUAUUUGUUGUUUUUGACUGAUCAAUGAUCUUUCUUGUGUUCCUGGUCUGUCUGUAUAGGACGGCGUUGUUAUCAACUCAUCUUAAAAUGGUUUUACUGAAGUCUAUCACAUUAUAUUUUUCUGUAUAUUUGUAAAGCACUUUGUUUUGUGUUUUUAAAAGUGCAUAAAAAAUAAAGUCGCUUACUUAAUAAAUACUAGUACCGAUGUCUCUAGUGAGGUAAAAACUUAAUAAAGUCAAAUACUAUCAGUAACUGUUACACUGCCCACUAGAAACCUAGAGCUUUUUGAGGCUACAGCUAACCUGCGUUAAUGAAUUUAUGUACACAAACCCUCCUCCUGUAAUCAUUUGUGCACACUCCCAGUUCUCCACGGACCUUCAUGAUGUCACCCGGAUCUCUAAACUGCCCGUC